AUGAGGCUGACAGAAGAAGCAGCAGCAGCGCCUGAGAACACUGCACUGACGAUGGAGGAGGUGCAGAACCUGAUCAAAAAGAAGGAUGAGAUGGAGGAGCAGAUUAAAGCUUAUUAUGACGUACUGGAAGACCAGGGUGUGGGCACCCAGGGGUCUCUGAUAGACGAGGAGGGAUUCCCCCGGGAUGAUGUGAACCUGUACCAGAUCAGGACUGCCCGGAACCAGAUUGCCUGCCUGCAGAAUGACCACAAGGCGAUCAUGGCGCAGAUCGAGGACGCCCUUCACCAGCUUCACUCUCAGGAGAAGGACACGAGAGGCUCCGGAGCCUCCCGCGACGAGCCCAUGGAGGAGGAGGAGGCCAGCGCUGCAGCCUUCGCUCGAGUGGAUGCGGUCACAGCCGGCUCUCCUGCUCACACUGCGGGACUCAGAGUCGGAGAUGAAGUCAUCGAGUUUGGUUCAGUCAACUCCCACAAUUUCCAAAAUCUUCAGAAUAUUGCUUCAGUUGUGCAGCACAGUGAAGGGCGAGCGUUACGUGUGGUGGUGGUCCGCAGUGGAGACCGCUGUCCGCUGACUCUGACCCCACAGCGGUGGUCCGGCAGGGGGCUGCUGGGGUGCAACAUUGUUCCAGUCCCUCGGUAA